AUGAUGGUGAACUCAACUGUGUCUUAUUUUAUUCUCAGCACAUAUUUACAUGUAGGAAGUUUGAAAUACUUUUAUUUUGUGUUAAUUGCACUUUUAUACUUUAGUAUAGCUUUUAUGAACACGUCGCUGAUUGUGGUUAUCUGUGUGAACAGAAGCUUACAUGAACCUAUGUACAUGUUUCUGUGCAGCCUGUUUGUAAAUGAGCUGUAUGGUAGUACAGGGCUGUUUCCAUUCCUCCUGAUUCAGAUCCUCUCUGAUGUUCACACUGUUUCUGCUCCUCUGUGCUUCCUGCAGAUUUUCUGUUUGUACACCUAUGGAAGUGUAGAAUUUUGUAACUUAGCCGUCAUGUCUUAUGACAGAUAUCUUGCUAUCUGCUGUCCUCUACAGUACAGAGCACAUAUAACAAAUAAAAAAGUAGUUAUUUUUAUUGCUCUCAUAUGGUUUUACUCUUUUGUGAAAUUCAUUAUCACGCUGUCAUUAAACCUGCGUCUGACCCUGUGUGGAAACAUCAUAAACAGUCUGUAUUGCCACAACUAUCUCGUUGUGAAGUUGGCAUGUUCAGACACCAAACUGAAUAAUCUUUUUGGCCUUUUUGGUACUGUUCUCACUGUUUUAGUCCCUCUGCUUCCAAUCCUCUACUCCUACAUGAAAAUACUCAGAAUUUGUUUUUUUGGCUCCAAACAGAUGAGACGUAAAGCUGUCAGUACCUGCACACCUCACCUGACCUCCCUCCUAAACUUUUCUUUUGGGUGUUUAUUUGAAAUACUUCAGAGCAGGUUUGAUAUGACCAGUGUGCCCAGUGUGGUGCGAAUCUUCCUGUCUCUAUAUUUUCUCAUCAUUCAACCACUUUUCAAUCCAAUUAUGUAUGGAAUACAAAUGUCCAAAAUAAGAAAAACAUAUAGACGUGUGUUGUGUUUU